AAACCUUUUCUGUCUACUUGCUCUCUCUCUCUCUCUCUCUCUCUCUCUCUGGUUCAAGUUCUUUUGUUCUGUCUGUAUCUAUCCAAAGAUAUUUUCUCUGUUCUUCUAGACAAAUUAAGAUUCAUCAACAUGGAAUCUACUGAACUACAAGACAUGGAUUUCUUUAGCUCCUUUUCCGACCACAACAGCCCAACUUUCUUCACUCCAACAACAAGCUCCCUCCGAUCCUAUACCGUAUCCGAAGACCCGGAUUCACCAAGGCCACAAAACAAGGAAGAAGAAGAAAACGAGUAUGUCGAAGAGUUGACUCGCCGGAUGACUAACUAUAUGCUUCAAGAUGACGAAAAGCAUCAGAAGUCUGGUAGUGGUGGUGGUAGUGGUUGCUCUGGCUCGCCCCAGUCAACUCUUUGGUCACCUUUCGCCUCCGGUUACAGCAGCCCAAUCGGUCCUUCCCGAGAGCCAUCGCCGCCGCUAACUCCGGCAAAGGCGGUGGAGACAAAGCCUGUUAUGAUUCCUCUUCAGUCAAAACAGGCUUUAAUCGAUGACCAGAUCCGAUCUAUUCAAGCUAACUUCCAUAAAAUCAAAAAGGAGAAAGAUAAGCAACGAAACGAUGACGUGUUAGGACACAAAGCAAAGAGCUACCACCACCUCCAACAGAGACCAAGGUCAGGCGUGAAGGCGGUGUUCGUUGAAGGGUCAGGUUCCAGAAGCGGGUCGGGUGGAACUGGAGUGUUCUUACCGCGUAGUCAUGGUACUGUCGUGGAGACACGCAAGAAAUCCGGAUGUUCAACAGUAAUAAUACCAGCAAGAGUAGUUGAAGCCUUGAAAGUUCACUUUGACAAAUUGGGUGUUCCUUCUACAUUCUCUUCUGAUAUCCCUCCUUUUCAUGAUGCUUUGUUGGUGUCCAUGAAGAACAAAAACAACAAAAGUAGUUCAUCAACUCGGCCCCAAAGUGGACCACCGUACAUGGCGGAGACGUCGGCAGAGAGCCACCAAGAACCACCGGCGGAUCUGCCACAUGAAUGGACGUACUGAUCAAAACAUUGGCACAUGCCCUUGGUUGCUGAAGUUAUAGGUUUCCAAUAUAGUGGGGUCAAAAUAUAAAAUAAAUAAAAAGCUUUAAAUAAUCAUUAUUUUUGGAAAUAUGUAGAUUUUAAUCGGGGGUGAAUUUGUUCUUUUAUUAUUGAUAGUUCUAUUAGCUGGUUCAGGUAAAAUAAAUAGUUCUUGUGAUAAAAGAACAAUGAAAUAUGCAUGCGUAUGUUUAUAUAUUUGCAUGUCUAUUGUAUAAAGGUGAUGUGUUGUUUUUGGUAGGAUUCCUUGUAAUAAAAGCAUCGCCAGUGUUAUAAAAAUAAAAUUUGAUUUUAGUAUUA